AGCAGGGAGCAUCUGCGCCGAUUCCUGCCAGCUUGGCAGAGCGCCCAUCGGACCCGCUCAGGCUGUGGGAGACGGGCCUCCCCAGCCCCAGAUGCCCCGUCUGCUCAGGGAUGACUCACCAGCCAGAGGGACGGCCAGGAACGGCACCCGCCAAGAAAGGGCCCGCUGGGCCGUGCCAGGCUGCCUACAGCUCCCACUCAAGUUACUGCCAAGUCAGAACAACUGCCCCGUUGAAGAGCAGCCUUUCCUCCCGUCUGCCCCACGGGCACCAGCGCCGCAAUGCGGGACAGAAACGCUCACCCGCCAGGUCUGAAAAGUUCCCCCCAACGUGCUGACCCAGGACUGCUCCCUUGACUCGGACAACUGGCCCCGUGGGAUCCCCCUGCCCAGUUGGGGGCGGUAACCCCAACUUGGUGACUUGUCUGGGCUCAACCAGAGCAUCUGGCCCAGCAGGACAGGGUGGUGAGGAGCCCCCAGGAAGGUGGGUGUCGGUGGCAUGAUCAGCACACCGGGCAACCCGCAGGGGCUGUCUGUGAUUCAAUCCAUCACAGCGACGCCGCGAACCAGAGCCCAAAUGGCAGCUUGCUCCCGCACAGCAGCCCAGCUGAGCAGCGCAGAAGUCAGCCAAGCUCCAGGGCGGGAGGCGAAGGCCAUGACAAAGGCUCCAGGCCCCCCCAGCUGAGCAGCGCAGAAGCCAGCCAAGCGCCAGGGCGGGAGGUGAAGGGCAUGACAGAUGCUCCAGGCCCCGCCCAGCAUUAUUUAUUCCACGAUUUCUUGCGGAACCCCCGACGAUGGUCCACGGAACCUUGGCUGGGAAACACUGCUCUAUAGCCAGGAGAAGAUAGAAGCUAACAAAGGGCAGGUCUAUGCAAUAUUAGUUAGUCACCCACCUGCUCCAAAUGAUCACCUAACACCAACACCCGUCUCAUACACAGCUGGCUUCUACAGGAUUCCUGUCAUUGGUCUGACAACACGCAUGUCUAUAUAUUCCGAUAAGAGCAUCCACCUCUCCUUCCUGCGCACUGUCCCGCCCUACUCUCACCAGUCCAAUGCCUGGUUUGAGAUGAUGCGUGUAUACAACUGGAAUCACAUCAUCCUCAUCGUCAGCGACGACCACGAAGGUCGCGCCGCCCAGAAGAAGCUGGAGACGCUCCUGGAAGAGAGAGAAUCCAAGAGUAAAAAAAGGAACUAUGAAAACCUCGACCAACUUUCCUAUGACAACAAGCGAGGACCCAAGGCUGAGAAAGUUCUUCAGUUUGAUCCUGGCACCAAAAACUUGACGUCCCUGCUGCUUGAAGCGAAGGAGCUGGAGGCUCGAGUUAUCAUCCUCUCUGCCAGCGAGGACGAUGCAGCCACCGUGUACAGGUCGGCGGCCAUGCUGAAUAUGACGGGCUCGGGAUACGUGUGGCUGGUGGGGGAGAGAGAGAUCUCUGGCAAUGCCCUGCGAUAUGCUCCUGACGGGGUGAUCGGUUUGCAGCUCAUUAACGGGAAGAACGAGUCAGCUCACAUCAGCGACGCGGUCGCAGUGGUCGCUCAGGCAGUGCACGACUUAUUCGAGAAGGAGAAUAUCACGGACCCCCCGAGAGGCUGCGUUGGGAACACCAACAUCUGGAAGACGGGCCCUCUUUUCAAGAGAGUGUUGAUGUCCUGCAAGUACAUGGAGGGGGUGACUGGGAGACUGGAGUUCAAUGAAGACGGGGACAGGAAAUACGCGAAUUACAGCAUCAUGAACCUGCAGAACCGGAAACUGGUGCAAGUUGGGGUUUUCAAUGGCAGCCACGUCCUGCCCAAUGACCGGAAGAUCAUCUGGCCGGGAGGAGAGACAGAGAAACCUGCGGGCUAUCAGAUGUCAACCAAAUUGAAGAUUGUGACAAUCCACCAGGAGCCCUUCGUGUACGUGAAGCCGACCCAAGCCGACGGGACGUGUAAGGAAGAAAUUACCAUCAACGGAGACCCUGUGAAGAAAGUCUUUUGCACCGGGCCCAACGAGACCAUUCCAGGCCGCCCCACUGUGUCGCUGUGCUGCUAUGGCUUCUGCAUUGACCUCCUCAUCCGCCUGGCCGGGGUGAUGAAUUUCACCUACGAGGUUCACCUGGUGGCCGAUGGUAAAUUUGGCACCCAGGAGCGGGUCAACAACAGCAACAAGAAGGAGUGGAACGGGAUGAUGGGGGAGCUCCUGAGCGGCCAGGCAGACAUGAUCGUGGCGCCCCUCACCAUCAACAAUGAGCGGGCGCAGUACAUCGAAUUCUCCAAGCCCUUCAAGUACCAGGGCCUCACCAUCCUGGUGAAGAAGGAAAUCCCCCGCAGCACCCUGGACUCGUUCAUGCAGCCCUUCCAGAGCACGCUGUGGCUGCUGGUGGGACUCUGCGUGCACGUGGUGGCCGUGAUGUUGUAUCUCUUAGACCGGUUCAGCCCGUUCGGCCGGUUCAAAGUGAACAGCGAGGAGGAGGAGGAAGACGCGCUGACCCUCUCCUCGGCCAUGUGGUUCUCCUGGGGAGUGCUGCUGAACUCUGGCAUCGGGGAAGGGGCUCCCCGGAGUUUCUCGGCCCGCAUCCUGGGCAUGGUGUGGGCCGGCUUUGCCAUGAUCAUCGUGGCUUCCUACACUGCCAACCUGGCUGCCUUCCUGGUGCUGGACAGACCCGAGGAGAGAAUCACCGGCAUCAACGACCCCAGGCUGCGGAACCCCUCCGAUAAGUUCAUCUACGCCACGGUGAAGCAGAGCUCCGUGGACAUUUACUUCCGGCGGCAGGUGGAGCUGAGCACCAUGUACCGGCACAUGGAGAAGCACAACUACGAGAGCGCCGCCGAAGCCAUCCAUGCCGACCGCGACAACAAGCUCCACGCCUUCAUCUGGGACUCAGCCGUGCUGGAGUUCGAGGCCUCCCAGAAGUGCGACCUGGUGACCACGGGGGAGCUGUUCUUCCGCUCUGGCUUUGGGAUCGGCAUGCGCAAGGACAGCCCCUGGAAGCAGAACGUCUCCCUGGCCAUCCUCAAGUCGCAUGAGAACGGCUUCAUGGAGGAUUUGGACAAGACCUGGGUGCGGUAUCAGGAGUGCGAUUCCCGCAGCAAUGCCCCGGCGACACUCACCUUUGAAAACAUGGCAGGUGUAUUUAUGCUGGUGGCUGGAGGUAUUGUGGCCGGGAUAUUUUUAAUAUUCAUAGAGAUAGCUUACAAAAGGCAUAAGGACGCACGGAGGAAGCAGAUGCAGCUGGCGUUUGCAGCCGUGAAUGUGUGGAGGAAAAACCUGCAGUCCUCUCUCUCUCUUGUGGCGCUAGGAUUCAGCUUCAGAAAAGGCCCAGAGCAUUUUUUUUUAGUGGAUAGAAAAAGUGGUAGAGCAGAACCUGACCCUAAAAAGAAAGCCACUUUUAGGUCCAUCACCUCCACCCUGGCCUCCAGCUUCAAGAGACGUAGGUCCUCCAAAGAUACGCAGUAUCACCCCACGGACAUCACCGGGCAGCUCAACCUCUCCGACCCCUCCGUCAGCACGGUGGUGUGACCUCCCGCAGCAGGGGCCACGGGGCCCUCCGCGCAAGUGGCCCGGCCCAGGACUUCCUUUGCAAGGGACGCAGCUGGGUCCUUAGCCGUGAGCCGACCGGGACGCCUCCUCCAUCCGUUCGCAGUGACUCCCUCCUCCCGCCCCACCCCGGCUGGCACGGACCGCCCCGGCCUGCCCACGGGACCGUUCUGGAGCGGGACGGGCGGGCGCUCCCACGUCGUGGGGUUUCUGUGCUCAGCGCUGCCCGGGCUGCGGAGGAGCUGGGAUGAAGCAGGCGGGGGCGGCUCCUGCGGAGCCCACGGAACAGCAGCAGGCGAGGCCGGGAAGGCGUGGCUGGUUGCACCCACGUGGCAGGGGGAGGGGAGCAUUUGCUGCGCCCUUGUUUGAUCCCAAGCACGUGCAUGGAGCAACCUAGCCUGGGCCACGGACGUCACCUGACACAAGAGGACUGCGCCGGGGUCCGGUAGCACUAGCACUGCUGGCCCCUCCGUGCAGCUCCGCAUGCGACGGACGCGCCUGCCUCUGCUGGAACCUGUCCUUUCGGGGAGCCGUGCGACCCGCCGGCGAGACCCGGCCCCUGGCUGCAGCUGGGACGAGCCUUUUCUCCGGCUCUCUUCAUGGCCAGCCGACGAGAAAGCCCUCAGCUCCCUAUUCGCCCACCUCUCCUGCCUGCCCCCGGCUGCUCACACGUUAGCCGCCUGGUUUUAGGUGGCACUUGCCGGAUGGGUCACACCGGUCCCGUCUCCUCCCCCCCUUGGCUCCCCCGCAGCUGGCCCCCUCCAUGCAGCUCUGCACAGGCCUGGCUGCCGUUGGGAGCACCUCUCACGCCGCCGGCACGCCAGACAUUGGAAAGGGCCAGGCCACGCUGCCGUGUUCCAUCACAAGACAGGGCGGCCCUGGCCCCGGGCACUGGCAGACGCUGGCUUGGCUCCAGGAUCACAGGCUGCUCUGUCCUUUGGCUUUGCCCCAGCACCUCCGUAAGCCACGUGUGUCCCGGCCAAGGGCUGGCAAUGAGACGCCCGGACUUUCUGCCCAGUCCCCGCCACCGGGGAGCAACGGACGUUCCUGCUGCAUCCCCCGCAAGCGCUUCUAGCACUGCAGGGUGGCCUCCCGGUGCUGCUGCCUGGGUCCGCUGUGAGCCGUGGGCCCGUGGCAGGAAUCCACCCGCCCGGGCAGGAUCCAGGAUCCAGACCCACCGACCUGAGAAGGGAGCUCACUUCCCGCCUGACCAGGCCUCCCUGGAGCUUGCAACAAGCGCUCCCAGUCAGCCUGGCAUCGCUAUGAAAGGAGACGGGACCUGGCCCACCCAUGGUCACCACGUCACCCCCACCCAAUGGACAAGCU